AUGAUUAAAGCAUCUAAAUUCUCUCUCUAAGCUGGUCUUUUUGAUGACUUAGGUGGUAAGUUUUCUGCUCCUGCCCAACAAAACGGUAAGGAGUAACUCAAUUUCUUAAAGGGUGACCCCACAUAUUAUGGUAAUGUUGAUGUGAAAAUGCCUCAAGCUGGCUAUGAUAUAGUUAAGAAAUCUAUUUUAAACCCAAAGAACCAUUCUUACGCUGCCUCAAACGGUUCUAUAGCUGCCCGUAAUGCAAUUGCAAAGCAUUUCGGAGGAUCUAAUAUGACUAUCACUGGCAACGAUGUGAUUUUAACUCACGGUGCUAAUAUGGGACUUUUUAUUUCUUUAAUGUCUAUUACUAACUCAGGCGAUAAUAUACUUGUACCUGAACCAGGUUAUCCCUUCUUCCAUAAAAAUGGACCUAGUGUUGGAGUUGAAGCAAGAUCAUACAAAUUAAAUCCUGAAAAGGGGUACUAAAUUGAUUUAGAACACUUGGCUACAUUAGUAGAUGAAAAGACUCGCUUUUUGUGGGUAGUUAAUCCUUCUAACCCAUUCGGUUCUAUCUUUCCUAAAGAACACAUUGAAGAAAUAUUUGCCUUCUGCCGCAAGCAUAAGUUAUUUAUCAUCAGUGAUGAAGUUUAUUGGAAUGAAUCUUUCAGUGACUAUGAAUUCAUCUCAUUAGGUCAUGCUACCACUGAUGUUCCUGUUAUCGUAAUUGGAGGUAUGGAAAAAACUUUCCUUGUUCCUGGCUGGGGUAUUUCUUGGAUGAUUUUCUUUGAUUAGAAUUAAAAAUUAAAAGAAGUUAAAGGUGCCUGCUUAACAACUUGUUAAUUGUGUCUCCAUCCUUGCUCUUUCUUAAUGUCAGCUCUCCCUGAAUUGUUAGACACAUUGACUGCUGAUUUCACAAAGAACUUUAUGAAGACUUUCGAAGAAAAUUACAAUUAUCUUUAUGAAGAAUUUUCUAACAUUAAAGGUAUCAAGCCCAUUCCUGCUCAAGGAACCUUCUAUAUUUCUGUCUUAGUUGAUCUUCAAUAAUUUAAGAACUUUAAGAGUGAUAUUGAUUUCCUACAAGCUCUUAAUGAAGAAGAAAAUAUUUAAAUAUUACCUCUUAGUGUUUUCAAAGGAGACACUUAAGGAUUCAGAAUGAUGUCCUGUGCUACCAAGAAAAUAUAUGAAAGCUUCAUUCCUCGUCUGGUAGAAUUCUGUGAACGUCACAGUAAAUCUAAUUGA